AUGGGUUUGGGAGUACUGCAAGACUACAAGCUCUCACACGUGCCUGGCACUGCGACGCUCGAAGACCUCAACCCGGCCGCCUCCCUCGCACGCGGCAACGAUACAUCGAAGUUGAAGAGGAGCAAGAAUGGGGUCAUUUUGGUACCACAGCCCAGUGAUGAUCCGAAAGAUCCGUUGAAUUGGCCGCUAUGGAAGCGCGAUGUCAUCUGCGGAGUGCUGUGUCUGCUCUCCGUGAUCGCAUCAACGCUGUCGCCACUGCUGGCCGCGAACACGCUCACACUGACACUACACUUCAAGAAGAGCUUCACCAAGAUCGCGCUGCUGACAGGAUGGCACCUUCUCGGAGUCGGUAUUGCAGGCUUCGCCUCAGUUCCGAGCGCGCGUAUUUGGGGCAAGCGACAUCUCUAUAUUAUAGCGACCGUCUUGAUCAUCAUCUCCUCCGUAUGGGGCGGGGCCAGCGGCAAGAACUACGACUCUCUGGCUGCAGCGCGUUUCUUCCAAGGUGUGGCACUGGCACCCUUCGAAGCCUUGGUCAACGUGAGCGUCGGCGAGCUGUACUUCGUUCACGAAGUCGGCAUUCGCAUGGCACUUAGCAACUUGUGCCUCUUCGGUGGAGCCUUCUUCACACCUGUGAUCGUGGGGAUCAUGACCCACAAGCUCGGCUGGGAGUGGACCUUCUACUUCAUCGCCAUCUUCACCGCAGGCCUACUCCCUGCAGUCAUCCUAUACUGCCCAGAAACAGCCUACAACCGCGACCCACGCUUCAAUGCUCAUCUCGAGCAACACCGUCGAGGCGACUCCGAUGGAUCCUCAAGCUCCAGCCACGAACUUCGCGACAAUCCGACCACAUACAGCGAAACAUACGAAGCCGAAAAAGCCACAGCCGAAUCCACCACCGAACGACAAGCCAGCACCGCAGAAGGCAACAUCCACCAAUAUGCCAACUUCUCCUUCCUCACGCGCGAGAACCUCGCCAUGUUCAACGGCCGACACUCUCCCGAGAACUUUUUCAAACUCCUAAUCCGGCCCCUUCCUCUCUUCCUCCACCCCUCCUUCCUCUGGGCAUGUCUCAUCCAAGGCUUGAUCAUCGGCUGGACCGUCCUCAUCGGUAUCGUACUCGCGGCAAUCAUGUUAGGCGCUCCACUCUGGUUCAACGAAGUCGAAACAGGCUACAUGUACGCCGGAGCUUUUAUCGGCGCUCUCAUAGGUUUCGGCAUUUCAGGCCUUUUCGGCGACGGCUUCAUGAUCUGGCUGACGAAGAAGAACAACGGAAUUUACGAACCUGAAUUCCGUAUGUUACUCGUCAUUCCCCAGCUCGUUAUCGGUUGCGCAGGAUUAUACGGGUUCGGUAUUACGGGCAACAAUACUUGGAAAUAUGGCUGGUUCUGGCCCGAUUUCUUCUUCGGCAUGGAAGUUGCGGGUAUGGUAAUUGGUGCUACGGCUAGUGCGCUCUACAUCGUCGAUGCGCAUCGCGAUCUUGCCAUUGAGGGUUUCACUUGCUUGCUCGUGUUCAAGAAUAUUUUCUCCUUUGGGCUCACAUUUUCUGGUUACGACUGGCUCGUGGAAGCAGGCAUCAAACCUACGUUCAUGUGGGUCAGCAGCGUUGAGGUGGUAGUUUGUCUAUUGACUGUGCCAAUGUACAUUUUUGGCAAGCGAUGGAGAAGCUUUGCUGCAAGGAAAGAUCUCCUGGGCAAGCUCAAACUGAAAUAA